GAACUUCAGCCAAAAAGAUCCGGAUGAUGGACGACAGUACUGGAAGAUCAACAUCCCUUCGGGAAAGACGCAGGACAACUCCUCCAGCACAAGAAGACUUGGAACUAGAUGGCGACAAUGCGCCAACAGAAGACGAAACUUCUUCGUCUCCGAUUCUGUAUGUGGUUUUUCUUCUGAUAGUUCUCGCAUCACUGUGUGGCAUGGUGGUGACGACGACGGCCUCGAAUUUGGACUGGGACGAGGAUGAAGUUGCCUCUGACCUGGGGAGUCAUCUUAAACGAAGCGUUGUUAGUUCUGAUGAUCCUACCGAUGAUACCAUCAGCUAUCCCAAUGUAUUCAUUGUGGGGGCAGCAGAUGCUGUGAGUGUAAUUGCAAGUUAUGCAAUGCGUUUGGAAAAGGUCUGUGGGCCAGACAAUGGACGACCCGAUCGCGGCGAUCCUCUUUUGGAGCGGAUCCCAGGAUCUCAUUUUCUCUAUGAUUGGGAACUCACAUUGAAGGAAGAACAGUCCGAGAAUCGCUCCUUCACAGAAGACGACCUGUUGGGCUGGUAUCUUCAGUUGUACCAGCACUGUUCCUUGGAUACUUCUGUCCGACUGGACGCCACUUGGGCUCAUAUAAAUCAUCCCAAUACGGUACGGCAUGUGUUGGAUUUGAUAUCUGCACGACGACAACGACAACAACAACGCAUCCAUAAUAACAAUGACAAGAAGAACGUGUCUGUCAAGAUUGUCAUGGUCAUGCCUGCCCGGGCCAUCGAUCAAAUACGCAACCAAACGGACAAUGGUGGUCCCAACGGCGGGCCUGAUCCUUCCUUGAACUUUGUCGAUUGCUUGCUCAAUAGAAACUGGGAGAAUCAAGUUUCCAUUGGUUUUAUAUCGACGAAACGCCCUGCUUGUUCCCAUCUCCUGAGUCGUUGGAGCCAGCUCUUGGGAAAAGACGACCGCAUGUUUCUGGUACCCUGUGAAUUCAUCCGCCAAAACCAAACGGGAUUUUUGAAUCAAUAUCAUUCCUUUUUGGGCCUGGAGAAUGGCAAGCGAAAGCAUCAAACGCCCAACUCUACAGUCCAGCCUCCCUUGGACCUGGAAUGGUUUGUGAACAGUAGCAGCAACAACAACAACAAUGGAAUUCAAAGCCUCAAGACAACCUAUACCUGGUUAUUGGGAACCUACUCGAAUGACACCAUGACUCAAGAAGAUGCCUGCACCCCCCGAGUGACACAUCAUAUCAGUGGAAAUCGAUCCUACAAUGAUGUUGCAAUCAACAUCGACAACAGCAACGACAGCAAGAAUAGAACAUUUCAGCUGUUCAAGAGACAAGAAUUGCUGUUGGUAGAUCCCGAUCGAGUAGUGGAGUCAUCCUUGUCGGGGUAUUGGUACUUGCAGUAUUUUGUCAACAAUCAACAAAGAGACUACCAGAGACCCGCUCCUUAUGAAGCUGCGAUACGCCUCCAAUUUGAUGCCACUACGACAGAGGGGAUUUACAACAUUCAAGGUGGCAACCACGGACACAGCAUUUUGGCAAUCCGGGGAGUCUUGUUGUGGACCGGUAACGACAAGUAUCAAGUGAGAAUUGUGAUUCAAGAACUACAACAACCCAACUAUGAAUUGUCAGAGGAGUUGCGCUGAUGUUAGUCAGGGAGAGCUAUGGUUUGCAUACCGUAGUUCCUUGAAACUCGAGGAGCUGCUCAAAGAAUGCAUGUCUUGGCUGGUUGGAUGGAUGGUCGAGUGAGGCACAAGGUACUGAUGGCUAGGGCCGCCCACUUGAUCGCCAUUGCACUACCGGUAGGCAAGAACCAUUCAAUAGGUCCUCUAUGAGGAUCAUUGCACCAAAGGCGUACCUGUACAGUACCAAUAGAGAGGCCGAUACGGUAGUUUGCAGCA